AUGAAGGCGGUGGGGGCCUGGCUCCUCUGCCUGCUGCUGCUGGGCCUGGCCCUGCAGGGGGCUGCCAGCAGAGCCCACCAGCACUCCAUGGAGAUCCGCACCCCCGACAUCAAUCCUGCCUGGUACGCGGGCCGCGGGAUCCGGCCUGUGGGCCGCUUUGGCCGGCGGAGAGCUGCCCCAGGGGACGGACCCAGGCCUGGCCCCCGGCGCGAGCCAGCCUGCUUCCCCCUGGAAGGCGGCGCUGAGCCCUCCCAAGACCUCCUGGGGCGGCUGACAGCCCAGCUGGUCCAGGAGUAA